GGGGUUUUUUCAAAACCCCAAGAUGGCUUUCCUGUCCAGAGCCAUCUUCCUCUGUUUUUUCCUAUAUCAUACUAAAGCAGAAAGUUUCCCCAGUCUCUCUGACCAGAGUCUCAUCACCACCAACUUCAGUGCAAGAAAAUUACUUGCUGGACGCUGCAAUUUCUUCCAUGGAAAAUGGGUAUAUGAUGCUUCAUACCCUCUCUAUGACUCCUCGAGCUGUCCCUUCAUAGAUCCACAAUUCAACUGCAUCAAGUACGGGAGGCGUGAUAGGCAGUAUCUCAAGUACAGAUGGCAGCCCUUCUCUUGUAACUUGCCAAGGUUCAGCGCGUGGAAUUUCUUGAACAAAUGGAGGGGGAAGAAGAUAAUGUUCGUGGGCGACUCGCUGAGCUUGAACAUUUGGCAGUCUCUGUCUUGUAUGAUCCAUGCCCAAAUGCCCAAUGCCAGGACCGUACUCUUCAAGAGGGAAGGCCUCGCUUCGCUCACAUUUGUGGACUACGAUGUGAAAAUAAUGCUGUACCGGACGCAGUACCUGGUAGAUGUGGUGCGAGAGCCGGCGGGACUGGUGCUGAAGCUCGACUCGAUCAGGGGCGGCAAUGCGUGGCGAGGCAUGGACGUGCUGGUCUUUAACUCCUGGCACUGGUGGACCCACACCGGGAGAACUCAGCCGUGGGAUUAUAUGCAAGAAGGCAACAAGCUGUAUAAGGACAUGAACCGACUGGUGGCCUAUUAUAAAGGAAUGACCACGUGGGCUCGAUGGGUGAACCGUAAUGUCGAUCCUUCAAGAACCAAGGUCUUCUUCCAAGGAAUUUCCCCAACCCACUAUGAAGGGAAGGACUGGAAUGCACCGUCACAAUCUUGCUCCGGCCAGACACAGCCAUACUUUGGCUACAGGUACCCCGGCGGGCUUCCAUUGUCUUGGGCCGUUGUGAACAAAGUCCUAAGCAGGGUCAAGAAGCCCGUCUAUCUGCUCGACAUCACAACCCUCUCAGAGUACCGGAAGGAUGGGCACCCGACGUAUUACAGUGGCGACCACGGCGGCAUCAUGGAUUGCAGCCACUGGUCUCCCGGGUUGCCUGACACAUGGAACGAGCUCCUGUAUGCAGCUCUGUUCAGCUGAAGCUCCAAUAUCGCGUGCAAGGAAACUGUUAGUAAUUUAUUCUCACUGAAAUUCUUAGUUUGAAACUCAUUGUUUCAAGGUCUAGGGCAUUCUCUUUAGUCUUUACAUGAUUGAUGAAAUUGUAAGUGCAACAAUAAAAGGGUUCUGACAUCACGUAUUUAUCUGUAUUGGUUCGGGGGGGCUGAAGAUUGCCCCAAGAUGCAAAAAGAAUGCGCCCUUGAAUUGAGAAACUUACAAUGUUACAUUGUACUUCACAAAAUUCCAUGCGUCUGUAAGUGAAAAUUCUGAAGAAAGCCAACCUUUUCUGAUAUGUUUUUUU